AUGGAUUCAACUACUGCUGGAAAGGUCAUAAAAUGCAAAGCUGCGGUGGCAUGGGAAGCCGGAAAACCACUGGUGAUAGAGGAAGUUGAGGUAGCUCCACCACAGGCGAAUGAAGUUCGUCUGAAGAUCCUGUUUACCUCACUCUGCCACACUGAUGUCUACUUCUGGGAAGCCAAGGGACAGACACCUUUAUUUCCACGGAUAUUUGGCCAUGAAGCAGGAGGAAUCGUGGAAAGUGUUGGUGAGGGUGUGGCAGAUCUCAAGCCUGGUGAUCAUGUGCUUCCAGUCUUCACAGGGGAGUGCAAAGAGUGUGAUCAUUGCAAAUCAGAGGAAAGUAACAUGUGUAACCUCCUAAGGAUUAACACUGACCGUGGAGUGAUGCUGAAUGAUGGCAAGUCAAGGUUUUCAAUCAAUGGACAACCAAUAUACCACUUUGUCGGAACCUCCACUUUCAGUGAAUACACUGUAGUCCAUGUUGGCUGUGUUGCCAAGAUCAACCCCACUGCCCCACUUGACAAAGUUUGUGUUCUGAGCUGCGGUAUCUCAACAGGUCUUGGUGCUACAUUGAAUGUUGCAAAACCAAAAAAAGGUUCAUCAGUAGCUAUAUUUGGAUUGGGAGCUGUGGGGCUUGCUGCUGCCGAGGGAGCCAGACUUGCUGGUGCUUCCAGGAUAAUUGGGGUUGACUUGAAUUCCAAGAGAUUUGCAGAAGCCAAGAAGUUUGGAGUUACUGAGUUUGUGAAUCCAAAAGAUUAUGACAAGCCAGUUCAAGAGGUGAUUGCUGAAAUGACUGAUGGGGGAGUUGAUGAAGUGUUGAGUGUACUGGAAGUGUCCAUGCUAUGA